CUUGAAGUGAUUGACCAGUGGGAGCUCUAUUAGCGAGCUUUAAAGACACGGGAGGACAGCUCUUUUGGGAACAAAAUGAAAGUUUCGAGGCUAGGAUAUUCACGAACACAAAAUCCAGAAGACCGCACACUGGCAGUUCCCAUACUCAAGGCUGAGUCGUUGCUGGACGCAGUGCUUACAUUGCAUAACAGAACUAAGUUGAAUCAAGCUCUUGUCUUCUCGUUUAUUAGUGAUUCGGCCAGGCCCGAGCCGCCAUCAUCUCUUCUGUCGAUAGUCAGAUCUGCAGUAUAUCUUCAAUGCUGCUGGUCCUGUCAUCUCUGUUACAUAUCCGAACUUACCGCAUCCAAGUUACAGUGGCCCAGCAUCAUGUUCGAAGUCCAACGGCUUUCGCCAAGAAUGAGGACUUCGGCAGCCGGCUGCAGUGUGCAGGAUGAGGACCUGUAACCCACCUAUCUUGCACAAAGUCUAACAAGACUUCAACAGAAGAAGAUCAGUGCGGAAAUUCAAGGGUAGGAAUGCAUUCUGAAGGGCGACCGAAUCAGAGACAGAAUCUUGUCGGACGGUUAUCUUCUGGAUUUGAGGUCAAGCAGACUGGCGUGUUACAGGAAUGUGCUGUUGAAAAGCGAAAGGGUCCCAGUUGGCCUGGACAUCCCCCACCCGUGGCUGGGGAGACUGAUGAUUCGGGUACGAUCCCCGAUCUUUAAGCCGGCGUCUGAGUACUAUUCCAAGUGGCAGCGGCGAAGAAUAUGGGGCCAAAAGAGUGCCUCGCAGGGGCAACGCCAUGCUGAUUUUCUUCUUGGGGAGAUAUUCAGCGCAGAAGCGGGCAUUACAAGAGGUUUGAAGCCAGUGCAGGUGGUUAUAUUGCGCAUUCACAGGUGAAAACGGAAUGGGAAGCGGAAGGAGGAAGCAGAGUUCCUGAGGUUCUACAUCUCGCGAUACAGGAUGGCCCAGGUCGAGGGGCCAUCCACUAUACUGCUGUGCUGCACUCGUCGCGACUCGACGAUAAGAGAAUGUGACAACAAAGACCUCCAAGACAAAGGACCGAUAGACGGAUCUUUGCACACGUCUUCUCGGAAAAGAAGACAACAUAUGUGCUCGAUGCCUUGCAUUGCCCAUCGUCCUUCAUUCUGACAUGUUCUUUUGUUUCGACGGCGGAGUCCCUCCCAACCCAUCGCCCGCUUCGUCUUUGAAGGCUUGCGACAAUUCAACUUCCCAGUCUAUUUUUGAUCCGUAGGAGAAGCGCUCCAGCAUAACUUUUGAAUUCCAUCAUGAUAGCCACGGUGCCCGCCCGGAAUCCAACCCAAGCAUGCCUCUUGCAUUCGAGGCCUCCAGCAGCAAAAACGCCAAACGCCCUGCCCUAGUGUGGAUUGCUAUGCUAUGCUAAUUCGGGUACAGGUCAUCAUUUCA